GACAUUUGUGUCAGUGCAGUGCAGGAUGGGGGUGCCCCUAAACACAUUAACCACCUUUUUCGUAUGUCAGAUACUUCUAUUCGGUCCCAUCGGCGGAUUACCAUUUGCAAGUAUAUCAGCCAUACCAUCGUUGACAUCAUCGGAAUCACCAUCGAAUGGCGACACAACACCACAUAUAAUCUUAGUCAAUAAUGAAAACAUCAUCCCAACUUCAGUCAGCACCUCAUCACCCCAACACUUCCAGCUUUUUAUCGGUUUACCCCUUGGAAGUGAAAAUAAUUUCCUACCAAUUGAUGUUAACGAAAAAGAUCAAACUGUUAUAGCAGAUGCAUGGACCAUCAAUAUACCAGCAUCAAUAAAUAUUCAACCAAAUGUUAUUUUACAAAAUCCAGUUUCGGAACCUACAAGUUCACUUAAUGAUGUAACUUUAGACGCAACAUCACUAACAUCUCCCUCUACUACUAAUUCGGUUUCAACAAUAAUCCCUAAAAUUAAUUUAGAUUCAGUUUCAGAUGGUUUGAAAAGAGACAUGCGUGACACUAUAUGUGUAUCAUCUGAAGAGCAAUGUUCAUCAAAUAAUUUUCCUUCAACUCCCUUUUCCAGUUUUCCGUCAUCAUCUCAGCUUAAACCGACCUUUCCUUGUAUAAAUAUGCCAUGUGCCAGGUGUGAUUUAGAAGAUUCAAGUAAUUUAUCAAACAGCGUAGAAUGUGAUUGUUCAUUAUCUAAUCCUGCUAGAAGUUCAUCAUUAUUUACAAGCCUCAGUCCAACUCCUAAUACUGUAGCAAUUGAUGCUUCUAAUAAUAUAGAUCCUUAUUUAAAUAAUUUAAAAAACUAUGUAAAUUCUAGACAAGGUGUUCAGUGUUUCUCAAAUGAAAUACAAAGUCAACCAAACGUGGAGUCAAACAUCUCUCCUUCUGACAUGAUUCGGCUGAAUAAUAAUUUAAUGAGAGCUAAAGCUUUACAAAAUAAAAUCUUGACGUCUCAGUCUAUUGUAAAUAAUGAUGGUAAUUGUGAAAAUUUAAUAAAUCCAAAUAUUGUGGCAGAAUAUCAAAAUGUAUUAAGAAUUCGAAAUGAUGUAAUACCUCAAAUGCUAUCUGAAAAUGUUGCUGUUAAAUCUAUUGCACAAUGCAAUGACGACAACAAAGGAUGUCCUCAAAUAGGAACAGUUUCCGCUCAGAAUAAUAUCAUGCCUUAUUUUCAAAAUAAUAACGUGGUAAAUGACAUAUGUAAGCCUGUAAGCAAUUUGGAUAUCGCAAGAAUGAUCAAAGACAAUAUGAAUGGUAAUAACAAUAAUAACCAAGGCUGUCCUCAGUUAACAUCAAUUCCGAUAUACAAUAAAGAAUCUCUGCUUAAUAAACAGGCACUAUCUUCAUCAAGUAAUUGCGACGAUUGUUCUCAGAACCAAAAUAACAAUAUCGGUCUUGGUCAAGUAAUAAAUCAAAAUAAUCAAGGGUGUCCUCAGUUGCUUAACAUAGCACAAAAUAAUUUGUAUCAAAAGAAUAAUAAUGGAGCUAAUAUAAAUGUUGAUAACAGCCAAAUUUGCAAUUGCGACAAUGAAUGGAUCCAGAAUAAUAACUGUAAUUGCGUUCAAAUGUUUACACCAAAUGAUAACUUAGCUCAAGCAUUACAAAAGAUAAAUAUUGAAAAAUCGAAACGAGCACAGGCUCCUGCUGCUUCCAUAAACAUUCUGCCAUUUGGUGAAACAUUACUUGACGGUCAACCAAUAGGUAAUAAUUUUAUCUCCCUAAAUACUCUUUCAUGCCCCUCACAACUUCCUACUUGUUCAUGCUCUGGUCCAAGUAAAUCAAAUAAACUGACAAUCCAGGAUGUGUCAGUGCCUAUCUCUAUUACACCAUCCAACCCAAUUGCAUUUUCUUCUUCAGUACCAAGUUCAACAAAUGUUAUGCUAGCUCCAUCAGUAAAUUCAGUUAACACUAUUUCUCCUAUGAUAACGAAUUUAGCGCCAUCUGUACCGAAUAUUGCAAUAACAAACUCACAAUGUCCUCAAUCAUUUGUUCAACCUCUUGUAUUUAAUCAAGAUUCAUUAUGUAACAACAAUAUUCAGUCCCUUAAUCCUAUAAUUACACCUACGUUUAUCCCAAUACAAUCACUACCUCAAGUUCAAUUUAUUAACAACAUACCGUCUUCGACAAUAAGUGUUAUACCCUCAUUUGCUGACAAUUGUAAUUCUCUUAUUUCUAAUUCACCUUCCGUUUCCUUAUCAUUAGCUGACACUAGCGUCGUCAGUGGUUAA